AUGGAUGACCCAGAUCUUUCCAGGGUUGGACACAAGACAAAAUCGGAACCAGAGAGCGUUAUGGAAUCUGCAGAAGAAGAGUUAAUUAAUUUUAAUGUCGGUGGCUGGUAUUUCUCAGUUCCCAAAAGUAAAGUCGCUCAGUUUCCUGAAUCUCUAUUGUGGAAAGAAGCUUCUGUACAAGAUCAGUCUGAAAAUCUAAGAUUAUUUAUUGACCAAGAUGGUUUUGUAUUUAGGCACCUUCAUUAUUACAUGCAGACUUCAAAGUUACCUUUUUUCAGCUGUGCUGAAUUGAACUUAUUGUAUGAGCAAGCAUUAAUUUUGCAGCUGACACCGUUAUUACAGAUUUUAGAUAAUUUGAAGGAAGAGAAAUAUAAUUUACAUGUCCAGCCUGCAGAUACACCAGUAGCUGAAAGAACGUCUCUGAAUUACUGGAGAACACAAAAAUGUACCAGCAAGCCAUCAGAGAUUCCUCCUAACAGUCCAGCAUUCACAGGGUUACAUGAAAGAGCUCCCCUAGGGCUGGUGGAUACACCUUUACUGGAUACAGAAGACGAAGUGAAUUACUGUUUUUUACCACUAGAUUUGGUGGCAAAAUAUCCUGUACUAGUUAAUGACGACAAUUUGCUGUGGCUGCUUGAGAAUGCAGCGCUGAUUGAGUGCGAGUGCAGUGAGUUCCGCUUCAUAGUUAAUUUUCUUCGCUCAGAGAAGAUGUUGUUGCCUGAUGACUUCUCCAACAUAGAUGCCUUGGAGGAGGAAGUUUUAAUUCUGGGAAUUCCUGAGCUUAUAGAUGCUGUGAAGAUCUAUAGAGGCGGCUGCUCCGCGGGGAUCCGGGGACGGCGGGGGGCGGCGGCGGCAGCAGGGGGGUCCCCGCCGCGGUCCCCGCUCUACGCCAUGGCACUGGGGCUGCUGGCCAACUACCCGGAUUCGGCCCUGGGACAGCUCUGCGUGGGCAGCGACCUGGGCAGGAGCCGCCUGCACCUCUCCGGCGACGGCAUCCUAUUCCAGCACGCCAGGAACUGGCUGGGAACUUGCCGACUUCCUCUCACUGAAAAUAUUUCUGAAAUCAAAGAGCUCUGUGCUUAUUUGGACAAAAGGGACACCACAUACGAGCCAAUGAAAGAUGCUUUAAAAUGCUAUCUGAAACAACAGAUGCCAGCAGAGAGCGGAGAUCAUAACGCAGACUGGACAGCAGAAGUAUCCGUAUGCUCACUCCAUCAGAUUGUGAAAGUUUAUGUAGGAAGUAACUGGUAUGAAACUUACUUACAGACUUUAUUGAAGUACCCAGAGCUGUUGUCAAAUGAUAAGAAAGUCUGUUGGAUCACAUAUGGUCAAAGUCUUCUAAUCCAUGGAGAUGGGCAAAUGUUUCGACAUGUUCUCAACUUUCUAAGACUUGGGAAAUUGUUUUUGCCAGCUGAAUUUAAGGAAUGGCCUCUCUUUUGUCAAGAAGCAGAGGAGUACCAGAUCCCUUCUCUUUUAGAGGCACUUUAUCACUCUGAUGCAUACAGAUUAUGGAUCCAAAACAAUGAAUUGUGCAAUGAAGUUUCUUUUCCGUGUAGAAGAUUAAGUAUUGUGUCUUGGAAUGAAGAGAAUGAGUUCAGCAAAAACGCAAGAGAAGUGUACUCAUGUUCAGCUGUGGAUUCCAGUAAAUGCUCUAUUAAUACGUGGAGUAAUAUAAAAGAUCUGAAGGGAAAGCAAGAGACCAGUGGGGCAAAGUAUUCCAAAAUUAUUUCAUGGGCUAAAGGGACAAAGCGGAGGAAUACACUUCAAAGAUACGACGAAUCCUCAGCCAGCCUGGUAAACUCCAGCUAUUACAAACGCUUGGUAAGCCCUCCAAGGAAGAGAGGAAUGAGAAGCACUUUAACAAAGAAAGUAGAAACUAAAGACUCGGCAAGUCACCUCCAGAAACUAAUUUCUCUGGUAAAGGAAUGGGACACGGUGAGCUCCAAGAGGUGCGAUGUUCAGCACGUGAGAAAGCCUGACGGUUGUAUCGCAGAGAGUGUAUCAUCAGCGCAGCGCAACACUCCUGAAAAGGACAGAGGUGUCAAAGCUCCUAUCGCCUCUGCUCCCGGGAAAAUAAGCUUUACAAUUCAAGGAAACAAUCACAUUACCCAAUACGAAGUCGGGGCUGAAGGAAAGCAGCCGGAGCAAUACGUGUUCACGCAGAGUUUGCCAGUUACUCCAAGUGCUGGAACGUGUCAGUUCAGCACCAUAAAAACAACUCCUGUGCUAGGAAAUGAUGCAGAGAAUAUAAACCAGGGGCAAGCAGAAGAAACAAGGGACAGCAAACAAACUGACGUCGUUCUGGCCAACCACAGAAAUGUAGGAUUGAUUCUUAAAGUCGAACAUCCGCCAGUUUUAGGCAGUGAUGGCUUUUGUGCGAGCCAUGAAGAGAGUGUCGUUUACAGCGCUCUGCUGGAUGGCAGCCAGCUGGAUACUCCGAAGGCUCGAGCGCUAUCCAAAGAUAUCGUUUUUCUUACCUUUGCUCUCUCGCAUGAGGAGAUGUUCUACGCCAGGAAGUGCCACUUUUUCCUGACCGAUGUCAUCGUGGACUCAGUAAGGCAGAAGGAUCCCAAAGAAAUCACAGCCAAAGUCGGGACCCUUGUGAACAGGCUUUGGACCCAGCAGAUCACACCCAGGGAGUUUGUGGCUGAUUUACUGAACACACGGUAUUUUAAAGGGGACAGAAAUGUUCACGAAGAGCUACUUCAGUGGGUGGAAUUUACCCUGCCGUUUGCAUGGAAGUACAGCCGCUGCCUCGACUUACUGAUCCAGAGAGGCCUCGCUAGAUCGGUCUCGUACUUCUCCUUGGAAAUGUAAGUUCACAGAACGUUAAUAAAAAUUUGACA